AUGCACCACGAGGUGUUCCUCGCGCUCAUCGGCGUCACGGGCGAGGUCGUCGUUGAGGAACCGUCCGGCGAAAGCUUCCUCAUCGACGCCAACUACUGUCCUUCGCUGCUCUCGGUCGCGGACCGCGCGAUAUUGCUCCAGGUGCUACGUGUGGGUCACGCGUACAAGCACAUCGCAGCCUUCGCGGCGCCACUCGCACCGGUGCCCGCGGUCGCGGCCAGCCACAGCUUGUAUCGGCACGCGCUGCAGCACGCGAUUGGUACGGUCCUCCGCGAGUACGAGCGCCAUAUCGCUGAGCUCGAGGCUGUCGUUCUCUCCAAGGCAAGCACGCGAACAUUGCCGCUUGCGUACUUGCAAGUCGAGCUCGCGACCGAACUCGACACAUUCCCGUUUCUCUUGCGCCUUAUUCAGCAAGUCCGAACGCUGCGGGGCAAAGACGUCCUCGAGCUUAUCAAGGCACAUGAAACGCAAGGUAUCCCGAGCCUUCAGCAAGUGGCUCGGCGCCUCCUCACCGCUUUGCACCGUGUGCUCUUUCGCCAAAUGCUCGCCUGGAUGGUCUCCGGCUCGAACCUUGUGGAUCCGUACGAAGAGUUCUUCAUCGUGGCUGACGCUAGCAGCUUUGCGCUCGCGCUGGCCCGCGCGCCGCUACGCUACUGGCCAGCCACCGUCUGCGAAGAUGUCCUCUUUGUUGGCAACGCGAUGCGCACUGUACGGGAGACCUCCUUGGUUUCAGCGCUGGCCCUUCAGGCCGAUAUCGCGCACCUUCUGCAGACGCCGCCCGAUGUAUGGGACUCGUUCGCAUUCGCGUCUAGCGUUAGCGCGCUGCGGGCCAAGGUCGCGAGCGAGCUCUACAUGCAUGUACUCUCUUCGGCCAAGUUUGUGCCCGCACUGUACCGCAUGAAGGCGUUCUUUCUGUGUGGCGACGGCGCGCUCUUCAACGCGCUGCUCGAAGCGAUGGACCCGAUCAUGCGCACGCCGCCGCACGCUCGGUCCGAGACUGACCUGCACCACGGCUUGUGGGCCCCGCUUCUCCGGCAGUACGACACGUCAAUGCGCACGGACGACGACGACGACGCAGACAAGUACUUCAUCGCGCUCAAGGUACCCGUGCAGAACUUUGACACGCGGACGUUCUCGGGACUUGUUUCGGAGGGUGUGACGAGCGACGCUGGCGGCCUUGAGUGCUCGGGUCCAACGUACGGCAUCGGCUACUGGCCCCAUGCCCAGUACGUGCAGGGUAGCGCCGCGUCUAUCUCAGUGACGUUCUCGAUUGCGUCGCCAAUGACUUCGGUCGUUCAAGGCCUUAGUGUUCUCAUUGCCGACACGGAUGCUCCGAGCGACGUGGCACCACCGAGCUGGACACCGACGUCAGGACUCGCAGUGUCAGGGGCGGUACCCACACUCGCUGUCGAGGUGGUGCUGGCAACGACAGUCACUCAAGCGUCAAUGGCGACGUCUACUGCGACUCUGAGGGUACUCGACUCGAAAGUCGGCAGCACGCCCCUGUUUCGGUCUGCAGAAAGCAUCGAGCUUCCUAUGUCGGGUAUUUGGACGCUCGACGUCGCAUUCACGCUAUGUCUCCCGACUCGAGGCGAACCCGGUAUGCUUCUCUGUGUGCGUGAUGUGAGCCCAGUUUUUGAGAUCCCGCUUCCACGGCGCAAGGAGGCCUCACCGGUCGUUCUUGGUCUCGGUCUUGCCCCCGCUGUGCAAGUACAUCACUGGAGCUUCGCGACCGCCCCCGUGGCCGACCCUUGGCGCUAUGUGACGCUUAUGCUGACGCCGUCACCGUCACUGCGCUACCGACAGCUGCUCUUUCCGUCGUCGCUUUUGAAGAGCUACGCUGACGUCUUCCGCGUCUUCUUCCGUCUCAAGCGGCUACUUUAUACGCUCAAUCACCUCAAUGUUGCGGGAGUGCACCGUGACUGCCUUACGCGUCAUGAGAUGACGUUUGUGUUGCACCACUUGCUUCUCUACUUCCACGUGUCAGUCGUCGAAGCCUCGUUCGAGACGCUGCUGGCGACGAUCUCGGCGACAACUGACUUUGAUGUUGUCCAGCGCGCCCAUGCGACCUUCGUCGCUGGCGUCGGGAAAAAGUGUUUUGUGCACGCAACGGCCGUCAUGGCGGCGCUCGAUCGGGUGCUCGAGACCGUCGGGCGCUUCGUGCAGGCCCCCAGUGACCUCCUUCCGACCUUUCGCGACCACUGCCGCCUGCUCUUUACCGUUCUCAACCAGACCAACGCUCGCGAGCUCAUGGCGCAGCUCGAUUUCAACGGCUACGUUUCGUCGCUCGUCAGCACCGACCGGCGGGCUUAA